AGUCGUGGAAAAUUGUAUAUUGAAACCCAUAAAAAAAAGGAUGGGUCAUUUGUAAAUGAUGCAGCAAAUAGUACAGUGUGUUGAUGAAUCUGUAAUUUCUCCUAAUGAUGUUGUCGGUAGAGUGCUUGGGCCUGAGCAUCCUGGAAGAAUGCGAUGUUUGGGUAUGGCAGCAACUCCUACUAAUACAUUUACAAGUAACAUAGCCCGACUUUCACAUUUAAGUAAUUCUUCGAUUGUUCCGUCUACAUCAUCGCCUAAUUACUGGCAAGAAAAGUACACAAACUUGGAAAGUGCAUUUAAAGCUUAUCUUAUGAUGAAAGAAGGAUGCAUUCCUCAGGAAGUGGCUAACAUUUUGGGUUCAUCGAAUCCUGACGUUGCAAGCGAGCCUGAUUCACCUUUUAAUGCACGAGGAUCAAGUGGUGGAAGCAAUAUCUGA